AUGGCCCAAGACAAACCUCAGUGCGGUAGUGAUGCUAGUGUCACCACCGAGUAUAACCUACCACUCCAUGUGGUCGGUCUAUUUCUGAUUUUGGGCUCCUCACUACUGGGAGCUGGAUUUCCCGUCGUAGCCAAACGGUUCAAGGCUCUGAAGAUUCCCCCGUCCAUCUUCUUCGCUUGCAAGCAUUUCGGAACCGGAGUUCUCAUUGCCACCGCUUUCGUUCAUCUGCUGCCCACCGCCUUCGGUAAUCUGAUGAACCCGUGUCUGCCAGACCUUUUCACAGAGAAGUACCCACCUAUGCCCGGUGUCAUCAUGAUGGGUUCAAUGUUCAUCUUGUUCGUCAUUGAAAUGUAUCUCAAUGCCAAAACUGGUGGCCACUCCCACGGUGGCCCGACUGGUGAAGGCAUUAUCGCCCCGCACCACGGACACCACCACGACGAGCGCCCCUCGAGCGCAGACAGUGAGAAGAAAGAGGACACCACCGUGUCUGUGGGCGGAAUCACCGAGCAUGAGAGUGGUCGCAGCAGCCGUGCCGACUCCACAUCGACCCUCAACGAGACUUCCACGGACAUGACCUUCGGUCGGGCGAAGGGGGAUCCUAGCACCGAGGUACGCUACUUCGAUGAGGCAGGCCAGGAGGUUGACCCUCUUGUGUACCGCAAGAUGUCUGCCAAUAUCACUUUACUCGAGGGUGGUAUUCUCUUCCACUCCGUCUUUGUUGGCAUGACCCUCUCCAUCACCGUCGACGGCUUUGUUAUUCUCCUGAUUGCAUUUGUCUUCCACCAGGCCUUUGAGGGGCUCGGUCUCGGGUCGCGUAUUGCUGCUGUGCCGUACCCGCGCGGGAGCAUUCGUCCAUGGCUGCUGGUUGUCGCGUUUGGCGUCACGGCGCCGCUCGGCCAGGCAAUCGGCCUCGGUGCUCGCAACACAUACGACCCGAAUAGUGCGUUUGGCCUCAUCAUCGUGGGCGUCUUCAACGCAAUCUCCUCAGGCCUUCUCAUUUACGCCGCCUUGGUCGAUCUGCUGGCCCAAGACUUCCUCUCCGAAGAGGCCGACAAGACAAUGGGCACCAAGAAGAAGGGUGCCGCAUUUGCGUUUGUGUUGGUAGGAGCUGCCGCCAUGUCCGUUAUCGGCGCAUUUGCGUAA